AUGAAAUGGGGAAAACGUUGCGUUGGCUGUUUGCGGGAGUCGGAACCUGGCGGGACGCUUGCUUGGGCAGCGACUUGCGAACGGCCGACUUUGCCAAGGAAGGAAGAUCUGGAAAUCUUCGGGAUGGUCCGCCUAAAGAACCGCUACCUCCUCUUCAAUCUCCACUUUGAUCCUUCGACGCCGCCGUCGGUGGACACUGCGAUCAACGGGGGGACGAUUAACAAUUCUCUCAAAGACAGCUUAGAACUCAACUUUGGAGAUUAUGGGAUAGGGAUCGCGUCCUUCACAGUAAAAUACUACUCGCCUCACACGCAAACGGGCAUUAUACGCUGCGCAAGAGAGUCGUAUCAAAUGCUGUGGGCGGCCUUAUCGUUUAUCACAAAGAUUAGGAACAGACCAUGUAUCUUUUGUGUGGUUCACUUGGGUGGGACGAUAAAGAGUGUUCAACAGGUGGCCCUCAAGCGGGAUAGGGAAGCUUUGGAGAUGAUGGUGAAGAAGGGCGUGUUGGACGUGACCAUGGUGGAUGCCCUUGUGAAAAAGGCUCAUGAAGACAUCAUGGCGUUGGAAAUUUGACGAGUCCUGCGUGCCGGCUCUCUCCGGGUUCUUUCGGACCGCAACAAGCAUUCAACGUCCUACCCCAGCUUUCGGCCGCAGCUCGCCGAUUGACUAGCUUGCAGAGGCUAUCACACCGGAAGCGCAACUGUGGGCAGAUCUGCUGCGAAUAUGCAGCGUUCGUAUCUCGUCAGCUAUGGGACUUUGACUGCGUCACGGCAAAGUCUAAUCUAGCUAUUCCGAUUACUAUAUAGCAGGUCACCGAGGCAUAAUUCCAAUCCAACGAUCAAUUUGUCCUGAUCACAUGCAAAAGCACCUCGACAAAAGAAAAACUAUGUUAUAUACAUCACAUGUCGGUAGUUUAGGAAGAGAUACCAAAAAUGGCCAGUGCCUACUACAAAGGAAGGCUCCCACUUUGGCAGUUUACAAAAAAUAAUUACUUCGCGGCUUUCUUCCGUCUUGCCGCAGUAGCUCUGGUUACUUUCUUUUCUUCAGCAGCCCCAUAAAAAGAUUCUGUCGGAAUUGAUAUGGGUUUGCUGUCCGCGUUGCUUUCAGUGUCAGCUUUUGGGUC